AUGAAAGCCAAUCUCAUUAUCAAUCCCGCAUCAUGCAACUCAUACUCCUUGACCCAUAAUUUCUUGGUAUGUUCACCUCCAUCAACUCAUGAUACAAUAACUAGUGAAAUCAUAUUAUGCUAUGUAUGUCCUCGGUUUAAAUCUCUCUGAUGAACGUAUGCCUGUAAUACUCUAUUUCUCAUGACAUAGUUAAGUGUCAAAGCUAUCUAUAGUAUUCUUUCUUGCUUUAGAUCCUCAUUUUCUAGCCCUUCAAUGACCGCCUUUAAUGUUAAGUUGGACAAAUAAUAAAAUGGGAAAGACAAUCAAAAGGUUCAUAUCAAUUUUAGAACCAUCAUGCUUUUCAGAAGUUCACAACACAAUCAAACAAUUGGUUCUUAAAGGAAAAUAUGAUCAAGUCCUUGAGCUUUACAGUACAAAAAUUCACUGCUGUUCUCUCUCCCAUACAAGUACUAUCUUCCUUCUUCCUUCAAUCAUCAAGGCUUGUUCCCAUGCGGAAACGCAUCAAUUCUUGGGCCUUCAGCUUCAUUGCCAUGUCCUCAAAAAUGGGUAUUCUUCGGAAUCCGCAAUAUCUAAUUCUUUCGUAUCUAUGUAUGGGAGAUUUUCCGAAACAAAAGAUGCAUACCAAGUGUUUGAUAAAAUGGCUGAGAGAGAUACCAUCUCCUGGAAUUCAAUGAUAAAUUGCUGUUAUUUAAAUGGGUAUUUAUUAGAAUCAUUGGAGUUAUUUAAGGAGAUGUAUGUACAGGGUUUUGUGCCCAAGCCUGAGCUAAUCGCCAGCGUUCUGUCGGCUUGUGUUCAGACCAAGAAUUUGAGAUUAGGAAGAGCUAUCCAUGCUCUUACGGCAGUUGAUGACAGACUAGAUAUUUCGGUUUUUUUGACAACUGCAUUGGUGGACUUUUACUGGAAAUGCUGUGAGCCGGAGUUGGCUUUUGAUGUUUUCCAGAGAAUGGAAGUGAAAAAUGAAGUCUCCUGGACUGCUAUGAUAUCUGGAUGCAUAGCUGAGGAGUUGUAUGCCGAAGCACUUGAAUUAUUUCGUUCAAUGCAGGUGGAAAAUGUUAAACCAAAUCGAGUUACAUUGACUAGUAUAUUACCAACUUGUGCUAAGUUAGGUAUAGAGAAGUAUGGAAAAGAGAUUCAUGGAUAUGCAUUUCGCCAUGGGUUUGACUCGGAUACUAAAUUUCAAUCUGCUAUAUUAUACAUGUAUUCUGAAUGUGGGGAAGCAUGGCAGGCAAUAAAGAAAAUAUUCGAUCGGUCAACUAAAAAAGAUGUGGUAAUGUGGACUGCUAUCAUAACGUGCUAUUCUCGAAAUAUAUCUGGUUGUCAAGAAGCUAUAAGGCUUUUCAAUCAGAUGCAAUUGAAUGGAAUUCAACCGAAUGAUGUUACUUUAUUAGCACUAAUUUCUGCUUGUGCUAAACUAUUAUCAGUAUACCAUGGACAAGUAAUGCAUGGCUAUGCUUUUAGAAGUGGUCUUAGUUCAUAUUUGUUCAUUGGUAACUCCCUCAUAAAUAUGUAUUCAAAAUGUGGUUUUCUUAAGGACUCUGCUCAAGUUUUCCAAGAGAUGUCUAUAAGAGAUUCUGCAUCAUGGAGUGCAUUAAUCAGUGCUUAUGGGACUCAUGGUUCUGGAGACAAGGCUUUGAAACUUUUUCUUGAAAUGAAAGAGGGUGGGAUAAAGACGGAUUCCAUUGCAUUACUUGCAGUUUUAUCAGCAUGUAAUUACUGUGGUCGUUUUGAGGAGGGAAAGAAGCUUUUUGAUGAAGCGUCAAAGGAUAAAAGUUUCUCAAUUACUGUGGAACUUUAUGCUUGCUACAUUGAUCUCCUGGGAAGGGCUGGUAAACUUGAAGAUGCUAGUGAGGUCAUUAACAGAAUGCCUACGAAACCGAGCAACAGAAUUUGGAGUUCCCUGAUCUCCUCUUGUAAAUUACAUGGAAGACUGGAAGUUGCAAAGCGUUUGGCUCAUAGACUCACCAAAUCUGAACCCGAAAAUGUUGCUAAUUAUGCUUUGUUAAGCUUGGUAUACGCUGAAUCUGAAAACUGGCCCGGGGUUGAAGAUGUAAGGCGAGACAUGAAAGAAAGAAAACUGAGAAAAAGCUGUGGGUUUAGCAGAAUUGAGCUAGAUGACUAGAUUUUAUAAUCCUUUUGUGCACCCAACAAGCGCACAUUAGGUUCAGUUUUCAAAAACUAGUCAUGAUUCAAGAUUGAUACACUUCUUAUUUAUCAGAUAAUCCAUGAUUGAUCUACCUUAGAAACACACAUCUGCAGUUCCUAUAUAUAAAAAGGGAUUGACUGUGUUGGGUUCGAAAUCGAGAGUGUGUCAUGCGGAAGCUUAAAAUUUGUAAACCAUGAAGACGAUAAUUCAGAUGACACAAAAAAUACUAAAAAUAUAUUAU